CAAUCCAAAUUCAGUGUGUCCAUGCGCCAACCGGAAGAAGGUGAAAAGUAGGCUAUGAUGAGCUUGUUUUCAUAUCUUUUGUGAAGACGACUUUAUUUUCUCCAACUAUUGACUGUUUCUAUUGGCAUUACCAACUCCCAAUACUACCACAUAGACUUGUCCAGACAAAACAAUGGCCUACAGGAGAGACAGAAACAUGAGGGAUGUCUACGAUGAACGCUUCCUACCAGACAGACCGGCCCCAUAUCCCAGAUCAGCUGUAGCAGGGCCUGUAGAGAGGAGGCCGGCUGGUUUCGGAAGGCCAGACGAGGAGUACAAUCGAGGGUUUGAGUAUGACGGGCCUCGCUUUUAUCCAAAUGGAGGCCCUCGAGGUUACCAUGGCGAGGAUCAAAGAGGCUACCAUGGCGACAGCCUUCAUUUUCCUAAUGAGCGCAGAGGUAUCCCACCUUCCCGGAGACCGGAGGAGCCGUACCCCUACCCUUCUAGACCACCUCCUAGAGAGGACCCCCAUACUACACGCCAGAUGGAGUUCAGCAGUGGCCGUGCAGUACCCCCUCCCCCCAGCGUCAGGGCUCAGGGGAUGUACCCUGCACCCCGCUCCCUGUCUGCUGUGGUCCCAGAGGGGGAUGACACCCUGAUGCAGGCCAUCCUAAACCUGGACAGAGGAAGGAAAGGCCCUGUCUCCCCUGAGAGCAGACGUCCCCCCUCCCCCCACAGCCGGUCCGGCUCCACCGUCAGUAGGAGUUACUCUCCUGACAGAGCCAAGGGUCUCCCCACCCCGCCCAGCAGAAAAGGUGUGAGGAGUUUUGUCAGAGUGGGAUGUCUG